ACUGAGGCGCCAAAAGAAACGCCCGGCGCUCGCGGACGGCGCGAAGAAGCUCAGGGGCCCUGAGAGGGGGAACCGUUAACUGGCACGAGGAGCUGCCGCCCUGAAGAGAGAGGCGUUAACCGGCGCUCGCGGAAGGCCCGAGGAGCUACAGCCCAGAAGGCGGGGGGGAGGAGAGAAGAUGCUGCACAACGUGGAGAAAUGCGCGCGGCACCUAGUGGUUAGUGAAAGAUCCAACUUCAGGCACAGCAAAUCAAAACACCACCAGCAUGUGCAAGCUCAUCACUAUAACUAUAAGGUCUCAAUUUUAAUACCAGAAUGUGGAGUGAUACCACCAGGAGUCACUGCUGUCUGCAGAACUUUAGGAGAGUAUUAUUUGGUAAAGCAGUUGCCACUCCAUCAAAUGCUUGAGCCUGAAUUCAUCAACACAUUUGUUAAGAAAGGCUUUCUGUAUGUGCUUUCAUACAACACCAGAAUAGAUCAAGACAACUGUAUUGCAUUACUGCCAACAGGGAAGCUAAUUUUAUCAGUUGACAAGGAUACUUACGAGGAGCUUGGCCUGGAAGGACAACCAUCUAUGUAUUCACAUAAGGCAGCAGUGAGAUACAAUAUUACUGUCUCCAUUCGACACGCUACGUUUGUUCCUGGGGCAAAAAGAUAUAACCGUGUAAUGUGGGCGUUGAAAGAGAAAAAACCUUUAAGAUUUGACUUUUUGAUGAAGUGGCAUUCCUCAGGUGGACAAGAAGCCAAUUUGGUGUCUUACUUCAAGGAAUAUGAAUGCAAGGUUUACAAUCCUAUGGUGUCAACAAGGAUAUUAGAAGAUAUUGACAGCCCUGUUCUGCUGAGUAAGGAAUUGAAAGGGAAUGACAAUGAAUCCUGCAGCUCUCAAGAAUUCCUUGACUGGCUUGGUGCAAUCUUCAGUAAUAUUGAUUGCAAUAAUCAAGCAGACAACUUUCUCUCUACUUACUGCUGCCCUUGGCCCAGCACCGUACUGCAUAAAGCUUGCCUUUAUACUUUUUCGGGAUUUAUAAUUCCAGAAGAGAUAAAUCAGAUAUUGGACCAGCUUAGACUCUAUUUUGAGGAACCCAAGUUUGCCCAGUGGGUUAGUAUGACAGUACACGGCUUUGCAGAUAGCCCGGUUUCCUGGGGAGAAAGUGAACAUGGAUACCACAAGGGGGGAGAGAACCUCUACAGUUUUGUUCUCUUCAGUAACCAAGAUUACUGGCUGCACAUGGCUGUGGGGGCACACAGUGCAUGUCCACCAUAGAGUUAUAUCCGUAUGUGCUUACUUGUACAGAAGAACUUUAGCACCUGUCAUUUGUGAAUUCGGAAAUGAUUUGCUAUAAUAGAUUAUUAAAGCCUCUUUACACCAUGAUGUGGAGGUGCGAGUGUUGGACUGGGAUGGUCAAAGUCAGAAGUCACAACAGAUUUAUUUGUAAUCACAAGCUUUCAGAGUGCUGCUGCUUUGUCAAGUGAAGUGAUGAAUGGGCUGCACUCCAGAAGCUUGUGAUUUCAAAUAAACCUGUUGGACUAUAACCUCAUCUUGUGUGACUUCUGACUUUAUGCGAUGGAUUUAGAAACACAUUCAACUGAAAGGAAAAAAACUCAGGUUAGUUCAAAAUUUUUAGAAUGUUUAUAAUAAUAUGCAUCAUUGAGAUCGUCAUGUACAAAUUGAAGUAUUUUCAAGUUUUUUGUUCUUCCCGCUCAUCGUGCACUAUUUCAUGAAUCAGCAGGCAUCUGGAAUUUUGCAUAUGUGACCCUUGGCUGCCACCACCACCAUAUUGGUGUGCUUGAGCUUGAUGCACACUCUUGAUAUAAAUAAGCAAAUUUUCUCUCCCUUUAUUUGAGGAAAUUGUUGGCUUCAAGCAAAUUGAUUUCCCUGCAGAUCUAUCUUAUUGGAAGGUAAUGUUAUAUAGACAUUGGAGAAUGAAUUAACUUUCUUUAGGGUUAGGUGCAACAUUUUAGCACCCUAACAUUAUUUCACAAGUUGCUAUAUCAGCACCUCAACAUCAACUGCUUAUGUAUUGUAUUCAAUAAAAGGUUUUUUUAAAAAAAAGCUACAGUGAGAGAGAUUGAUGAUUUAAUUGAGUAGGCUUUUAAUGUAGAUGUGGAAUUUUCAUGGAGAGAGGUGGAAGUAGCUAAAUACUCUCUUACUAAUGGGAGAUCUAAGAGAAAUUUGGCAAAAGUCCAGAGUUGGUGCAGCAGAGGUCAUAAAGCUGGAGAGGUUUGCAGAAAUAAGAUGGGUUGAGGCCAUGUGUGAUUUCAGGAUGAGGUUUUAAGAUUAAAUGUGUGGUUAGAAGCCAGUGUAGGUCAGUAAACACGGGGGUGAUUGCUGAGAGAGAAUGCUGGCGGCAGAAAUGCCAUUAAUCUUUAUGGAAAGAGAAAGGUAGGUGACUAACAGAGGAGUGUUGGUGAGAUUGAAUGUAGAGAUGGCAAAAACAUAGAUAAGGGUUCUAGCUGCAGUGAACAGGGGAGAAAAAGAUUAUUUUUGAAAUGGAAUAAAAUUCAGUGGAUGGAAAGGAUUUUGAGGGUUUGCAGUGCAACAUAGAUUGAAUGUGAUGCCAGAGUGUUUGCAGAUUGGCUCGAUUUAAGUGACUGGGUGUGAUGAACAACAGAGCCAAUGGCAAGGAAAAAGAAGUUACAGUGGAAAUUAAAAGCUACUGCUUUGCACUUUUUGGAGAGUUAUAAGGCAUCUGGUUAUGUUUGAGAAAGCAUUGGAGCCAAAUGUCUUUAAUGCAUGGUGAUAAAUUGGACCCUGUGCCUGUGAAUGAUGCUAUUGGGGGAAGUAUGUAGAACGCGGGCAGCAUGUUGAACAUAUAGAGAGGCCAGGAAUGACUCUUUAGGACACAUUAGAUUAUUGUAUGGGUGUUAGGAUGAGGACAGAGGGAAAUCUUUUGUGCAUAUGCUGCCUUCCCUUUGUAUAUUCCACUAUCUGUUCUGAUAAUGUGGGUUCUGUAAUUCCUACCUUCAGUGAGAUACUGUGUGUUCAUAAAGGAAUCAUAUACAAAAGUCACACACAGAAGCAUACAGAUUAGGGACAGGGGCUGACCACUUGGUUCCUUAGGCCUGCCUGAUCGUGGCUUCAAUUCCACAUACCCCUAUUGCAGUCCCUCCACAAAAUGUUUUCACAGGUCUUCUGUGACACAGUCUUUCCCCACAUUUAAAGCAGCUGGAAAAAUACAGAUGUAAAAGCUGGCUUGACCUUGGCAGUGGACUAACAUGUCAGAAGUUCUGAAAUAAACUCAAGGUGUACAUUGUUUCUGGAUGCUCAUGAUAUGGAGAUUUUUACCUUUCUACCACCUGUGAUGAUUUACACUGCAUCAUAGUCCAGUAUAUUAUCUUCAUGCCACAUGAAUUUUCAAGUAUGUAAAUAUUACCACUCAAAUGCCCUUAUCAGGUGUACAUUUGCAAAAUUGAUAUUGCUUUUCAUUGUAAACUUACUACAUUUAGACUGAGGAACAGUGUCUAUAGAGGACGUGAAAUAUGCCAGCUGUGAUGUGUUGCAAUUACAGUCCUUGAUAGCCAUCAAAAGAAAGUGCUCCUAAGCAACACCUAAUGCAUGUAUCAACAAUUCUUAAUUUGGAUACAGUUAGUGUAGGUGAGUGCUCCAAGAGGUAAUAGGUCACAAAUUCAAAUGCUAGAAGGAUUUGUUUUUUGCAGAUGCUUUAUAAGCUCUUAAACCCAUGUAGUUCCCCUUUAAAAAGCAACCAAGUACAAACUGAGAUUUUGGUAAUGAUUCGAUUGUUUAAUUUUAAAUGGAUAUUGUUCUUAUUGUGUAAAAAUUACAUUAGUUUUGAUGUUCAGAUGCUAAAUGUGCAAUUUAAUUGAUAAGUCAUGAA